AAUAUCGUGCAGCUUUUCUCGUCCAACUGACAUAAACAGUAUCAUUAUAGAUAAUUUUGUUUGUGAUAUUUUUAAAUUAUUGCCAAAUUGGACUUACUAUUUUCUACAACCGCUGAAAUGAACUCAUAUUUACGCCUGCCCGUAGUAUAAACUGAUCGCUGUAAAGUUGUAGGUAAAAAUGUAUUUUUCAGGAAAAACCGACACGUCUGCACCUGUCCUGCCCCCGGGUAGAACCCAAGGCCCAUACCAGCUAGCCGAAGAAGGAGAUCAAGAAAAAUCACCUUCCGAAGACAAGGCGAACAGCUUCGCCGACUCCGCCGUACGGUCGAAGUUCGUGCGGAAAGUAUACUUGAUUCUCUCCGUUCAACUCGGGUUCACCACGGCCUUCAACAUCCCAUUCCUGUACAUGGACGAUGUCCAGGAGUUCAUCUACGACUAUUCGUGGAUAGUGUUCGUGGCGUUGUCCGUGUUCGUGGUGCCUUACUUCAUGCUCGUGUGUUGCGAGAGUACUCGUAGGAGCUUCCCAACGAACGUAAUCCUGUUGGUGAUCAUGACCAUAGGGAUGGCCGGAGUGUGCGGGUUUGUGACCGGCAAGCUGGACACCGAGGUGGUGUUCUACGCCUUCCUCCUGACUGUGGUCGUCACCUUGUCCAUCACUGUACUCGCCAUCUUCUGCCCGUUCGACUUCACCAGUUGCACGAUGGUCAUGUGUGUGGUGUUCAUAGUGCUCAUCGCGUUCUCUAUGAUCGCGCUAGUCAUAGUCAUCGUCACCCAUAGCCGCAUCGUGAACCUCAUCUACUCUGGCAUAUGCGUCAUUCUCUUCUCCCUCUUUCUGAUCUUCGAUACUCAAGCGAUAAUUGGAGGCAGGAGAGUAUCCCUGAGUCCGGAGGAGUAUAUCUUGGGCGCUAUUCAAAUAUAUGUGGACAUUGUGGAGAUUUUCUUGAACUUCCUGGAGCUAAUCGGUGCCUGCACCGAAAAUGACUGACGCAGUAAGCCGAUCUACACAGCUUAUGUGAUCAAAAGUUAUAUACGUUUUCAUUGUUUUUAUUUUGAGAGAAACAGUGUGUUCUUUUUGAUAAAGAAUAAAGCAUAGUUUUUUAAACGUGCU